ACUUUUGACUCUAUUACUUUGUUCCUUCUGCGACAUUUUGAUUCAGGGAUGUUCUAGCGGAAGUGUGUAUGGCCGUGGAUUGGCUGGACGGACGGCCCAGAUCCAACCUGCUGAUCCAGUAGACUGCAAAGAGUAGACUCGCACAUCUGCCAGGCAAAAGUGCUGCGGCCACCAAUUUAUCCGCUCAAUUUUCUUCCAUGGAUUAGCCCCUUUUGUACCAUUUAUUUCUUCUUCGGGAGUCUUUUGACCUAGAAUAAAAUCCUUCUUGCUCUGAUACAGACAAUAUUCCUUAAACGGUAGCAGGAAUAUGGGGGCGAGCAGCGAUCCGAAUCAGGACGGUUCGGACGAGCAGCAGAAGCGGUCGGAGAUAUACACGUACGAGGCACCGUGGCACAUCUACGCCAUGAACUGGAGUGUCCGCCGCGACAAGAAGUACCGACUGGCUAUAGCCAGCCUCCUGGAACAGUACCCAAACCGCGUGGAGAUCGUUCAGCUGGACGACUCCAACGGGGAGAUCCGCUCCGAUCCAAACCUCUCCUUUGAGCAUCCCUACCCUCCCACCAAGACCAUCUUUAUCCCGGACAAGGAGUGCCAGAAACCCGACCUUCUCGCAACCUCCAGCGAUUUCCUCCGCGUGUGGCGGAUCUCCGACGACCACCGCGUUGAGCUUAAGAGCCUCCUCAACGGAAACAAGAACAGCGACUUCUGCGGUCCCCUCACUUCCUUCGACUGGAACGACGCCGAGCCCAAGCGCAUCGGCACCUCUAGCAUCGAUACCACCUGCACCAUCUGGGACAUAGAUCGCGAAAUCGUCGACACCCAGCUCAUCGCUCACGACAAGGAGGUAUACGACAUCGCCUGGGGCGGAGUCAGUGUCUUUGCAUCCGUCUCCGCAGACGGCUCGGUCCGCGUCUUCGAUCUUCGUGACAAGGAGCACUCCACCAUCAUCUACGAGAGCUCAGAGCCUGACACCCCCUUGGUCCGCCUCGGCUGGAACAAGCAGGACCCCAGGUAUAUGGCCACAAUCAUCAUGGACAGCUCUAAAGUCGUCGUCCUUGACAUCCGCUACCCCACACUACCUGUCGUUGAAUUGCAGAGGCAUCAGGCUUCCGUCAAUGCUAUUGCCUGGGCUCCCCACAGUUCCUGCCACAUCUGCACGGCCGGGGAUGAUUCCCAGGCCCUGAUUUGGGACUUGUCCUCCAUGGGCCAACCUGUCGAGGGUGGCCUGGAUCCUAUUCUCGCGUACACGGCCGGGGCGGAGAUCGAGCAGCUGCAGUGGUCCUCGUCCCAGCCCGAUUGGGUUGCCAUUGCUUUCUCCACCAAGCUUCAGAUACUUAGGGUAUGAUGUGUAUUGAAUGGUUAUGUUUUUAUUUUAUAUAUAUCGCUGGUUUGAGUUCGUAAUGGAACGAUCCAUGCCUUGCCUUAUACCGUGUGUUCGUCUUUUUUAGAUUCCAAUUUAUAGUUUCUCAA